CAAAGAAAGUUUCGGAAGGUACUUAAACUACAUGUACACCCACUGGUGCAUUGAAGGAUAGUAGACAAAUAGCAUCACCAGGCUUUAUAUAUGGGUUUAGUAUUAGUCUCUGGGAGAACAAAAGCUUUAUGAUUAAAAUUUAUGUUCCCUUUAGUUAUCAACCAAACGAAGAUGAUCGAAAAGCUGCUAUCCAAAAUUUGGGCGUUCCUAAGUUUCUUGUGAACAAAUGGUUAAAUGUCAAGAAUACAAGGUCACACUUUAGACAGUCUCAUUGCCAGAUUGAUAACAAGGAUGACGUCUCUAUAUACUCAGGGUCAAGUUUUUCAAUUGUAUCACCAAUUAAAAUGAGCAAAUAAAUCAUUUAUUUCCAAUAAGAUUAACAAUAAGGCCUCUACUUCAAUGAGAAAAAGCGAGGUAUGAGUUGAUUUCUCCUCUAAAAUUGGCCAAGAACCAUGCGGAAAUGUUCCUAAAGUAAAGAGCAAAUUUUCUCAAAGUGGUAUCAAAUAAUACUUCCGAAUUUCCCAAAGAUCUUUUGUCUCCAAAUGAUGAGAAGGAAAUCAAGCUUGGCGAUGAGUCACAAAAGAGUGAGAAGAAGCAUGUAAAUCCUUACCCAAAAUGUCUUGAAUCUUCAAUUAGCAACCCAAUAUUCGAACUUCACAAGUCUGAUGAUGACAGUUCUGUUUCAGGUCAUGAUUCCAAAGAAGAUUGCGAAUUGGAACAUAAAGAAGAAAAACAUACAGAGAAGCCUCAAAUAAAUAUUUUAAAGGACGAAUCAGAGGCAGUUCUUAACAAUAAGAAAGUAUCCGUUUUGCCAACGUCUCAGGGUAUCCAACCUUUAUCAAUCAGGAAAGAUAAUAGGCACUGAAAAUAAGGCUGUUUCCACUAUAAUAGAAUUUUCAAGGAUUGUACCAAAGAAGAAGGGUAUACAGCAAAAUUCUAGAAACUGAACCAUGGAUCAGCUAUUUAUCACUAACAAAAAGAGAGACUUACUCAGCGAUGAGAGGAUAUACCAAAUCCCUAACUUUUUCUUACCCUCAAGCCCUGCUUUGAGAAAUAUUAACAGUAAUAGUUUGAAGAAGGAUCGGAAUCGAGCUCCUAUACAUCUAAAAAAUUCUCACGUUAAAGGAGCGAUAUUCCGGAGAAAUCGAUCAAGGAAUGACCAGGAUAGCCAAAAUAAGCCUCAAAACAAUAAUUUAAAUAAAUUCCAAAACACCUUCAAUACCCUAGACCUCAAGAAUUACAUCACAAAGCAGAAGGAUCUACUGAAUACUAAUAAGAAUACCUGCAGAGAUAGAUGAAUCCAGAAAGUGAAUUUCCUAAUCUGAGAUAUAGAACAAUUUCAGCUUUGAGCGGGAUGACACUCAAUUCAAUAGAAAACUGUUGACAACUUUUGAUGGUAGAGAGACCUCUGCUCAGAAAAGACUAAAGGCUCUCAGUUUGUUAAAGGAGACGUCGGAUUUUAGAUCACGCUUAGAUCCUAAGUAACUUUGGAGCUAACUGCUUGUAGGUAUAUGAUUCCUCUACCUCAGAUUAGGAAGGGUAGGAAUUACAACUUGGAUCAGUGUCCUUCAAUAUGUUUAAAUUCUUUGAAGUGUUACGUUAAUAGUAAAAUUAAUGGGCAAUUUCAAAUUUUAGAGAGAAAAAUCAGGGCUUUGAGUAAGACCCGAUAUACCCCCAUUCGUCAACAGAUAGGUAAAGCACUGCAUAUAGUCUAUAGGCUUGAGAUCCCCUCGAAACACUCCUGGAGAGGUUUUAACUGUUAAACAAAUGGCAAUAAAAGGGUCUCAAAUCACUUUUAAAGAGCUCGGUUAGUUUUUCAUAAAAAGUUUUC